GGCCUUUAAUGGGCCUAAUAUAUGGGCUCAUCAAAUCAUCAUUCCGUUUUAUUCCCUGUUAUAUAACAGAGGACGAGUGAGAAAGAGAGGGGUAGAGAGAUAAAGAGGAAUUCAAAAAUCAAACAAAAUCAGAUCAUCGCGCCAUUAGAGAAGCUCAGAGAAAGCUUCAUUCGGAAGAAAAACUCAGACAUGGCGGACUAUCCUUCACCGAUGGAGAAAGCGGUUGCUUCAUCUCUUCUUCACCUUUCUUAUGGACCUGUGUUCUUCUCUCCUACGAGGUCGGAAUCUGUAGAGGAAUCGAGCUAUGUGAGGAAGUGGUGUGACGAAGGAAGCUCGAACCUGAGCUUGAUGUUUGGGUCUAGCGGAUCGAGAUCUUGUGGUUCGGCUUUGUCCAGCGAUGGUUCGUUUGGGAAGGUUGAAGAUCGUGGAUUCAUAAUCAAUUAUACUGGAGAUCCGUUUCAACUCGUGAAUUUCAAGACAGCGAGAAAACGCCGAUCUCAGGUGAUCUGGGGAUCCUUCAGUUCUAAGCCAACACAUUCGGUGAUGAAUCCUGCGUGUGAUCUUCUCUCGACAUCCUCUGUUGAUUCCAAAGAUGAAUCGUGUCUUUCAACUGGUUCAAGCGAGGUUUCCAGCAUAGAAAGCAGAAUCAAAAUCGGGGAUCAGAAAAGCAAUGAGAAGCUAAGAGGAGAAAGGAAGAAGAUGAAAGAAAGUAGCAGCAGGUCAAGUUCUAUUCGCCGUAGAGCCAGAGAUAUCUUGGAGUUUCUUUCCUCGGAAUCUUCUUCUGAAGUUCAUAUCCGUCAGAUUCUCGGUGACAGUCCAGAUACCAGUAAAGCUCUCAGAAUGUUAUUGAAGAUGAAGGAAGUGAAGAGGUUCGGCACAGGAGGAAGAAUUGAUCCGUUUAUUUACAAGAUUGCAUGAAAACUUAAGACACUAAUGCCGGAGGCAGGUAAAGCUUAUACCCCCAUUCCCACGAUUUAGUGUUAUACAGUUUGAUGUGAUCCUGAUAUGGAUUAGGAAAGCAAAAACUAUAACCGGAAUAUAUAACAUAUAUAGCUAGAUAUGUAUAUGGUCUUAAACGGUCGCUCUAUAGAAGAGGUGGGUCUGUUAGAUAUGCAGAGAAAUAACUGAAACAACUAUAAAAUAUAGAACUGAGGUUUAUAAACUUAUAAAUAACAUCAUGGUUGUUUGCUUGUGUAAAUCUCACCCUUGGUUUUUUUUUUUU